AUUUCUUUUGAGGGUAUGUUUAGAAAUUUUUGACAAAAAAUACAUUGAAAUUCGAAAACGAUACUUAUUUUAGAAUUUCUCCAUUUUGUCAAAACGACACUUAUUUUGGAAUGGAGGGAGUAAUUGAUAUUGAGUUUUGUACUACUAUAUUUUUUGGACGGAGAGAGUAUAAAACUAAUGUGAAGAAGCAGAAGAUCGUAUGUUACCCAAAUCUAUUGAAUUUCAUUUAAGAAAUUCACUUUGACUAUAUCUUGAUCUCGGUUAUGAUAGACAUUAUAAAAUAUUGAACUCUCGACUUAUUUAGAAUAUUAUUUUUAUAAAAUACUCUUUCUGUCUUAAAAUUAUUAUUCAAACCAGGUUUCACUUUUAGUACAAUUUGAACUAAAAAUGAAAACUAAAACUGGACAAUAAUUAUGGGACGGAGGGAGUAGUUAUAUUGGGAUGUUAAAAGUAGUAUUUGUUUCUUAUCGUAAUAUUUGAUAUUCUUAGUAUGAAACCAUAACGCUAAAUAAUAGAAAAAGAAAAAUACUCUUUUUAAAAAUAUAAUAUAUAAUAAUAAGAAGAAAAUAGGAUUACACGAGAAAAAUGGAGGGGAGCAAUAAGAUGAUAUUCUCUACUCCUCAGAUUUCUGGCGGGAAAUACCAAACGUCCACUCCUCCCCAUUCCUCCUAGGGUUUUAUCGGGCGCACUUCUGCGAUGUCAUCCACCUUAGACGAUUUCUCCCAGUUCGGCAUCUCCCAUGAGGAGAAGGACAAAUUGGUUGCGGAAUUGAUUCGCUAUGUGUUGUUCAAGACGGAGCAGAACAACGGUUGCCCGAUAAAGAGGGAAGAGCUCACUCAGAUUAUUACCGAUAAGAAAUAUAAGCAGAGGAAUUUGCCCAAUUUUAUCAUCAAUGAGGUCAAGUCAAAGCUCUCCACCAUUUUUGGGUAUGAUAUGCGGGAGCUUCAGCGAUCUCGUCCCAGCAGUGCUACUGCUUCUUCACAGCAAUCCGAUGCAAAAUCUUAUGUCCUCAUAAGUAAGUUACCUGCUGAUGUGUAUCAGAAGUUUGUGGAGAAUCAUGAUACCGUACAUCUAACUGGUUUUACUUUCGUUGUUCUUGGCAUUGUUCAUCUUGCUGGAGGCAAGAUCACUGAAGAAAAUCUUUGGCAUCAUUUCAGGCGGUUGGGUUUGUCUGAUACGGAAGACAGUCAUCCAGUUCUCGGUAACACAAAGCAAGCCUUGGAGGCUCUUGUUCAGCAAAGGUAUUUACAGAAAGACAAAGUUAAUGGCACUGAAGGUAAUACUUUAUACUAUGAGUUUGCUGAGAGAGCACAAGAUGAAGCGGUUUCUCGUAAGAUAAAGGAUUAUGUAUCUCAGGUAAAUCUUAUCAUUCUUUCCUCAAUUUGCUGGUUGGCCUAUGGUGAUAGGAAGGUCCGGAAAUGUUUCUCCCCAUCCUUAUUCCAGUCUGAAGCUGCAUAAUAUAUUCAUUCCAAAGCUUAAUGAAUAGCAGUUUGUGAUCUUGGCUUGUUAAUUAAAAUUCCUAAUGUUCAGAUGGUGCAGAAAGAUGUCUCCCCAACUGAUGGUGAUGAUGCUGAUGAUUGAUGGUUCAUUACUCGUUGGAGAUUAGGUAAAGUCUGCUGUACAUAGCUGAGGUGUUGGUUAACACUCUUUGUGCGAGACCCAAGAAAAGAAGUCUAGUAUCUUUGUUGUAUGGCGGUGAUAAAAGAUGAAAGACAAAUAUUGAUCUCUGGUGGAAAUUAGAAUGUCUACAACAUUUGAUCUAGUUAGCAUUUGCUGUUUGAUAAUUAAAAAUGUAGAUGUGCAGCUGUUGAACUUAUUACCAAAUUCUACUUCCAGUUUUCAGUAUGCAAAUGCACCUUAACUAGAAACUAAAACGCAAUCGUGUUCUUUUUAUAAAACAUUUUAAUUUGUCCUAAUUUUAGUUUUUCA